AUUCUUUCCUGCGCCGGCAACAGACACAAACCGCCCCCCCUCCACCCCUCCUCUGUCCACUCAUCCCAGCAUGCGCCACCUAUUCGGGGGUAAGACCAACAGACUCUUCCCCGGACUGAAAGCAAAGCUCUGCGGUGCGGCUGUUGCUGAAUGAAUGCAGCGUUUUCUUGCACCUACAACCGCACUGAGUGAGACAGAAUAUCAGCGAGACACUGCCGGCAACUGAGAGCCACUGAUCUGAAGAGCAGAACAGCAGAUCAGGUGCUGCCUCCGUAUUUCUUGCUCUUCAGUUCUCCCUCCCUCCUCAGGACACACUGCGAAGGAGGACUGAGGACAGGGAGGUACUCCGCAAGACUUCCCCAGCUGAAAGUCUUUCUGUUUUGAUUUUGUGACGGGUCCCGUGUGACCCCUCAACACCUCUCCCUCAGAUCUUAAGUAUCCUGCCAAAGACACAUAGCAGGGGACCAGGAACAGACAGACAGGCACAAGUGAGCAGACGGUCUGACAUGGAGUUGCAGGGGAGAAAAUCAUUCCUGCACAGGUGUGCGAAGUCUGGCGAUGUAGUCCAUGCAGGUCUGGUCAUCACACUUCUAGUUGGAGUCUGGUACUCUCAGGCACUGGAGGUGAGCACAGGGAAGGUCCAUUUCAUAGAAGUGAUGAAUGGAAGUUCAGUGUUGUUACCUUGCACUUACGCCAGCUGCAUCGGCAUUAAAAACCUUUACUUCAGCUGGCAGUUCAAGGACAAUGGGACACUAAUUAAGCUGUGUGAAGCCGUCAUCCCAGGAGAAGGAAUAGAGCCUAAUGUGAAAAUCUACCAUGAGCGGGUGGAGUUUGUAGGCACCAGCAAGAAAAGUAACAUCUCCAUCCUACUGCAUAAUGUCACGUUCGAGGACCAGGGAGAAUAUAUCUGCUUCGCUCGCAACCCCAAAGAGAAGGACCGCAACCAUAGUGCGGUUUUCACUCUUUAUGUGGUAGAUGAGUUGAGAGUGGUGGACAACACACUGACCCUCAUCAUUGUGUCUGUGCUCGGUGGGGUCAUCGGUCUCAUCAUCCUCAUCAUGGUGGUGAAAGCUGUAGUCAUUGCUGUUCUAAACAGGGUCCAGGAGAAGAAUAAAGAGUGCCUUGUGAGCUCUUCAGGGAACGACAACACAGAAAAUGGCCUCCCAGGAUCCAAAGCAGACAGCAAACCAACACCAAAGGCAUGAGAGGAGCAUGUAUGUGUACAUAUAUGAGCAUAUGUAUACAUGCAUUCACAUUUAUAACAGAUUGAAGGAAAGUCAUAAAAACGGACAGUUUUAUUCUCUUUAUCUCAAAAAGAAAACAAAUGCUACAUAUAAAUGUGUGAACAUAAAUAUAUGAACUAUAUUUUAGAUUGUGCUUGAAAAAUAUAACAUGCUGCUGGCUGGAUCGCACUCCCUUCACUAAACUGGAAAAAAUGGAAGAAAAAUUAUAAUCUUAAUGGUUCGGUGUGCUUGCAUUCUGCUCUCUCUUGUCAGCAAGACACAGCACACACACACUGCCUUCUUCACAAACUGCCAUAUCCUUUCAAUGCUAGACAGCACAAGUCCCACAAAACAAAAGGUUUGCGAUAAACUUCUCCAGUGCAACUUUAACACAUCUUCACACUGCAUUCCAAAUGACCCUUGGUGGAAGUCAGUAACAAAACAGACUUUACGAAAAUAAAGAAUUUACACAUAAAACCAUGGGUGCCUCUAAAAAUUGGAAAAUGUUUACCACUGAUUCAAGCAGCUAACUGAGUCUAUUAACCAGUCCCACUAAUUUUACAAGUGAUUUUAAGGUCAUAAAGAGCAGGAUGUAAGCACACCCGAAGGCCAGAAACACACUCUACGCAACAACACCCCCCUGUGGAAAUGCUGAGAAUGCAACAAAAAAUAGAGGUUGCGUAGAGUAUUUUUCAUGCAUAUGGGUAUUUUGUAAAGGAUCUGAAAGAACUUUUUUUUUCACAGAGAUGUAGAUAAAGGGUGUAUUUCCAGGAUCCAGCUGAGCACGGUUUAUUCUAUUUAUUUAAUUUUCCUGCUUUAGAUAAAACACAGGUGCCUGUAAACGCUUCA